GGUCGCCUCAGUCGGCAGUCGGUCUCUGGUCGGCCAAAGGAUAAGUCGUGUGCUUAGGUUGUUAUAGUCGUGUAUCUUUCUUUCUCUUCUUUUUUUCAAAGAGAGGGAAAGAGAGUACUGCAAAAACGCGCGCCUCUUUUAUAUUUAACCCUUUUGAAGGGUUAAUUGUGUCAUUUAUUAGGUGACAACUAUCAACUCUAUUUUAACAAUAACAAAACGUUUAAUAAGUGUAUUGUGAAUUAAGUGUCAUUUAUGGAUAAUUAAAGGAAUACAAUUUUUAGAUGAUGAUGAUGAUGAUGAUGGAUCGUUGCCAUUUAGGAGAACGUUAAUAAGGUGUGUUUAGUGAAAGUGAAUUUGGAAAAUAUAUAGUGAAGAAAGACAAAAAAGAGAUUUUUUGGAUUUUAUUUAUUUAUUUUUUUUUUAAAAGAAAAUCGGAAAGAACUUUGGCAGGAAGAGGACAAAUUUUGAGGGCGAGUUUUCAUUUAAGCAGCCAGGGUGGUUCGAGGGGGGACAGGAGGCGCGGACGCCCUGGCGACUGCCGGGGUGGUUUACCCGGCCGCGACGGCUACCCUGUUCCCUAGCCGGGUGCCGGCAGCCCAUCACCCGGAGCUCUCUACCACGUUGGAGCUGGGGUUCCCGGCGCGUGGCACCACCGCCUCAAUGGCGUUGGUUGCCCCGCCGCCCUCGUGGGCCUCGCGGGACCCCGGGGCAUUACUUGGUGGCGGUGGUGGCGGUCCACUUCAAGUGGGUCCACCGCCUCCAAUGCCACCAACACAUUUAACCCCAUCGGCAACACCUGAAGAUAUCACGUGCCUAGUUCCCGCUGGUUCUGUAUUAACGCCAAGGGAUCCAUUACCACCAAGCACAACACCCGGAAGUCAGGCCAACAGUUCACAAUCGGGUAGCUCACAAACUGAUAAAUCAUCGAAUAUUGAGUGCGUCGUUUGCGGUGAUAAAAGCAGCGGGAAACAUUAUGGACAAUUCACCUGCGAAGGUUGCAAGAGCUUUUUCAAAAGGAGCGUCAGGAGGAAUCUCACCUAUUCGUGUCGAGGGAAUCGAAAUUGCCCCAUCGAUCAACAUCAUAGGAAUCAAUGCCAAUUUUGUCGUUUGAAAAAGUGCCUCAAAAUGGGCAUGCGCAGGGAAGGUAUGUUUCGGCACAAAAUUGCCGUGCAGAGAGGGCGAGUACCACCCUCGCAGCCAUCGCUUCCGGGACUACCAGGUCAGUUCGCACUGACGAACGGUGACGCAGUGGCAUGCGCAAGUUUAAAUGGACACUCGUACCUGUCGUCCUAUAUCAGCCUACUACUCAGGGCGGAGCCAUAUCCAACGUCGAGAUACGGACAAUGUAUGCAACCAAACAACAUUAUGGGAAUAGACAAUAUUUGCGAAUUAGCAGCAAGAUUAUUAUUUUCCGCCGUUGAAUGGGCAAGAAAUAUACCAUUCUUCCCAGAUCUUCAGGUGACUGAUCAAGUUGCACUAUUGAGGUUAGUUUGGAGUGAACUCUUUGUACUCAAUGCAAGUCAAUGUUCAAUGCCACUUCAUGUGGCACCACUACUUGCCGCCGCGGGACUACAUGCAUCGCCAAUGGCUGCUGAUCGUGUUGUUGCUUUUAUGGAUCAUAUCAGGAUCUUUCAGGAGCAAGUGGAAAAACUAAAAGCCCUUCAUGUGGAUUCAGCUGAAUAUAGCUGUCUCAAGGCCAUCGUUCUAUUUACCACAGAUGCAUGUGGUCUUUCGGAUGUGGCACAUAUUGAAUCACUGCAGGAAAAAUCGCAAUGUGCUUUGGAGGAAUAUUGCCGAACGCAAUAUCCAAAUCAGCCAACGAGGUUUGGAAAAUUAUUACUUCGAUUACCAUCGUUGAGGACAGUAUCAUCGCAGGUGAUUGAACAACUAUUCUUUGUGAGGCUCGUGGGUAAAACUCCAAUAGAGACACUUAUAAGAGAUAUGCUCCUCAGUGGUAGUAGCUUUAAUUGGCCUUACAUGUCCACAAUGUGACACUCUGUCUGGCGGCAGUUAGCUUCCGCAUAAUAUCACUGUACCUCGAUGCACGGCCCAGCUGCUUCUUUUGGUAGCGAAAUCAGAGGAUCCCACGAGAUUUGAAGCCUGUGAUCAUCAUGAAUACUUCAUAGAAGAGCCCUGGAGGAACAACUUUUUGCGCACUACGAUAUCAACGAAUCUUCUCUCUCUCUUUCUUUCUCUCUCGCAAAAGACCUUCGUUUCCUUUAGAUAACAGUUAAAACGAUCAGAAAAUGCUAACGAGAAACAUGUAAUUAUCGCUUCCGGAAGUACGUUCAACUCUUGAACACGAAAUCGUUCAACUUGUUCUUGAUUUCAAAACCUUUUGUUUCUUAUUCUUCUUUGUCUGAAAUAUAGAGAAUUUCGAUAAAUUUAAAUGUAAUUUUUUUCCUUAUUGUCAAAAUUACAAAACGAAGAUUUAUUUUGAAUAUCAUUUUUUGAUUGGAAAUAAAUUUUUAGACAUUAAAUAGCGCUAUAUAUAUAAAACCAGGUGCUUCCUGUGUGUGUGUGUGUUAUACAAGGUACCGUUUUGCUCUCUCGUGAAAGUUACUGUUUAAGAGGGCGGAGAUAUGUCUUAAAAGAGUGUAAGAUAAUAAAGUCGUCGUUUAUUCAGAAUCAGGGGCGCCAAGUGGUCCGACAGUCUUGAAGAGAGGAACACCGCUGGGCGUUAAAACUUGGAACUCGUAGCGAACUAGCAAUCGAAUGAGUGAGAGAGAGAGAGAGAAAAGAGAGAAGAAAUGAGACCGUGAUCGUGGUGUGAAGAAAUCAUAAAUUAGCAUUUAUAAUCAGUUAGGUCCACUAUAUAUAAAUAUAUCUCUCUCUUAAAUCGAUUUGUGCGUCAAGCAUUUAUCGAACACUUCAAAAGUCACUUUAUAUUAUAUAUAGUCACUCAAAUCAGUUUUAAAAAUUAUUUUUUUAAUGGAAAAUCUUCAAAUUUUAGAUUCUUAAAUUAGUCGAAUUUAUUAUCUGACGCGCACUGAAGAAAGAUAUAACUAAGAAUAGGAAAAAAAUUAUAGUUUAUAAAAAUGCAAUUGCACAACGAUUUUUGAUUUUACAUUAAAAAAAAAAAAAAAAAAAAAUUAAGGUUGAAAAAUAAACAGAAUAUAAUUCGUUUUAGAUACCUUUCUUCAGUGCGAAUUCUAAUCAUUGCAGUAAAGUGCAAUAAAAAUUCUGAUUAAAAUGUUAUUUACCUCCUUCUUUUUUUUUUUGCUAAUAUUAUACUCUGGUUAUAUAUUUACGAAUAUUAUGUUAAUUGCGAAAUUUAAAAAAAGGAAAGGCGCCAAAAACAUUUAAAAAUUACGAAAAUAGUGCGCAAAAUACUCAACACUUAUUUGUGGAUGCGGCCAGUGUUUACUUCGAGUUACCUGUUGCUUCGUAUAUUAUAUUUUCUGUAUUAUUUGUAUAAAAAAAAUGUGGGAAAAAAAAAAUAAUGAACGAAAUGUUUUCCCCCAGUUAAAAGUCUCUUUUAUUUGCAAUAUAAUGAAAAAUAAAUUAAUUUUCAAAUCUACGAUCCUCGCACUGUUCAUCGAAAGUGAUAUAUAUUGUAUAAUGCACGUUUGUAUAAAUUUGUGAAGCGACUAUUUUUAUAUUAUUUAUUUUUUAAAUUUCUACGUUGGAGAAAAUUGUUGUAAACUCUCAAUCUUUAUAAUUAUUAUUAUUAUAUUUAACAGAUUCUUUGUGACUGUCAUUAGGAAACGAAGAAUCCAUGUGCGACACGAUUACUUAUUUUCUAUUGCGUUAUUAUUGUUUUUUUUUUUUUUUUUAAAGUUUAUUAAAAGGCUGCAUCAGUCUUAUACUCGAUUUCUUAGCUCUCUAUCGACGAUGUCAACUCUCGUCGCUAAAAAAAAAAUUUAUUACAUUAGUCAAAAAUUAAUAUAAAUUAAUUGUUUUCUUUUUAUAUAUAAAAAUUGUAUGUAUGCGACGAAAGAAUUUAUUGAGUAAUUUUUUAAAUAAAGCUUUGAAUCAUUAACAAAGAAAAUUAUUUCAAAAGAAACGGUUUUUAAACAUUUUUGAUGUUACAUUGGAUCAGAGUUGGGAAAGAGAGUGAAAAAAUUUCUGAUUGGUUGAUAAUAUUUCGUGAGCCAAUCAGAAAUUUUCGAUGCUUAGCUACCCAACCUGAAGAAACUAACCUCAAAAUGAUUUUUUCUCUCCGCUUCUUUUGUGAUAAAAAAAAAUUUUUUAAAUCGAAAUUUAAACGACAAUAUUUAUAAAAAAAAAUCCACCCAAUUUUAUCGUGUUUAGAUUUAAUAGUAGAAUUUCUUUUUAAAUAAAAAAAAAAGAAGUCUCGAUAACUUUUUUAAUGAUAUCAUUAUAUACAAUGUAAAUUUGACGUAUUAGUGCCAUCUCAAUUUUUUUUAACACGGCCUACAUAUAUAUACAUAGUCAUACAUAUAUAGCUAGGACAAUAGUUGUGAACAAUAAUUUUUUAUAUUUAAUAUUAUUCUGGCCGUUUUUUUUAAAGUAUAAAUCGAUUUUUUUUGAAAAAUUUAAUUUUACCUUUUUUAAUUGUGUUUUAAUAAUUAAGGAGCGUCCACAAUAAAAGGUAAAUCUUUUCGGGCGAUGAGGCACAUAAAUAUAUAUUUUUUUGAUCGAAAAGUAUGUCAUCAACGCAAAAAAAAAAAAUUAUAAUUGUAAUGAAAACUGUAGUUCUACCUAGAGAGAGAGAGAGAGAGAGAGAGAGAGAGAGAGAGAGAGAGAGAGAGAGAGAGAGAGAGAGAGAGAGAGAGAGAGAGAGAGAGAGAGAGA